GCUGCGGAUGACACAAGCUUUAGCUGCGGAUUUAGCUCCUGUCAGACUUGCUGUUUCUCGGCACCAUGUCUUUCCCCUCCACGUUUAGCUCGCAGGUGGCGGCGAUCAUGGACGUGCUGUCCAAAGCUGCGGCGGCUGAAAUCACGAAGCUGGUGGACGACGGGAGUCUGGUUCUGAGGCUGGAGAUCUGUCGGCGGGAUGGUGAGAUCCAGGAGCUGAAAAAAAGUCUGAAACACAUGGAGGCUGAACUCUGUAAGGCUCAAGAAGCAGCCAGGAGCCAAGCUGACCUGUGUAAAGCUCAGGAAGCGGCCAGACUCCGACCUCCGGAGGACAAACAGGAGUCGACAGUGAGCGUCCGCAGCGAUGGAGAAGGUCUGGAACCAUGUGGCGUAUAUCUGGAACGAGCCGCUGCUGAUUCGCUCUGUGAACCUCCGUGUGAGAGGGCGGAGCUGGCAGAGAUUAAUGUUGUGAAAUCUGAGCCAAUAGAUGAAUUUGCAACCCAAGAAGCAAAGGACAGCACGGCGUUUGCUCCCAGUAACGUGAGCUUUGACGCCGAAGGGCAAGCCGAGCCGCUCUGGCCUCCGCCAGCUUGCAGCAUGUUUGACAAACCGUGUGUGGACGCGGCGCACGUGGCACAGCAGCAAUUACACAGGUUCCCAUCUCACACCGCCGAGCAGUACGCUGCCCACAGGAACACGGAGAGUACCUCCAAGUCUUCAUCAACCGCAGCAGAAGAAAUCGGGCACGAUUCGUUCAACGUGCCUGUAAAAGUUGAGCUGGAGGUGCGACCCAUGUGCAUGAGAGGCGUAACGUUGGAGCCGGUUGCUAACAAACAGUUGCACCACGUUUCGCACCCAGCUGCCGGUGAUGAGCGCCGCUUACAGUCCACAUUGCAACAGGCGGGGCCUCCAGCAGCUCCGCCCCAAGCGCCAAUGUCCACAGACGGCAUGCUGAACCCAAAUGCUGGACCUCACAUGUUCAGUAGAAACAUGCUCAGAGCAAAGAGGACAGUGAAUGUCUGGAAGGCCAGUCAGAAAGUGUUCACCUGCUCAGUGUGCAGCAAAGGUUUCCCCCGCUUGACCCUGCUGGAGGAGCACAAGGCCUCGCAUGGAGCCUUCAAACCCUUUAGGUGCCUCGAGUGCGGGAAGUCCUUCACCCAGAAGACUCGCCUGAAGACGCACCAAAGUGUGCACACGGGAGAGAGACCAUUCAGCUGCAAAAUCUGCGGCAAGAUGUUCUCCAGGCAGGACAACUGCCUGAGACACGAGCGCUUCCACAGCGGACUGAAGCCGUUCACCUGCGGCCAGUGUGGCAAGAGCUUCACAGCCCUCAGCAACCUGAAAAUCCAUCAGGAGAUCCACCUGAGAAGAAGAUAACACUCAGAGACACUCUGCAAGAGAUCACAGAAUUUGCACACAGCAAGUCAUUGUAUUAUGCAGCUUUGUUUUCAAUAAAUCAGACUUUAAACGUGAAUGUAAAAAUGUCUCCUGUCCAUUAAAAGGGGAAGUGACGGGAAGGUGACGCUAAAAUUCACAAGGAGAAAUGUGCCUUAAAAAAACAACAAAAAUUAAAACAGAAAUAAUGUUGUGUGGGUUCUUUA